AAUAACUUUUUCCCAUGUUAACUAUAAAUACAUGUUGUAACAAUCAAUCUAGCACACAGAAAAUAUUUCAAUUCAAUUCAACCAGUUAAAAGUAAAUGGCUUUCGAUAAGAGUGGGUCGACCUCAAGAAAAGAUACUCAAAAUUCUGGAGUGCAGCAACAAAAUUAUGCAAGCGAUAAUGAGUUUGAAGAGAACGAUUUCAUAGAAAACACAAGAUCAGAAGCAACAGAGACAAAAACCAUGAAUGAAAGUUCUGAUGUUCGCAGCAAGGUGAAGGUGGAGAACAAACCGUUGUUGCAGGAAGUCGACUUUAUAAGUGAUGGGAAUAGCAAGAAUUGUGGGGGUUCAAAAGUAUGGGUUUGCAAGCAUUGCAAACAACAAUCUACUAGUUCUUAUACGCGUAUUCAUGCUCACUUUUUCGGUCCUCCUGCGGGGAAGAAAGUUGAAAUCAAACGAUGUCCAGUUCUACUCCGAGACCGCGAGAAGUAUGAAAAGUUGUUGAAGAGAGUAAAGGACGCGGAACAAGUUGGUGUAUCCCGGUCUUUAAAAAAUUCAAUUGUUAGUAAUACUUUAAAACAAAAGUUUGCUGCAUCUUCUAAAAAACCUAUUGAACACUCGUUUGGUGUUAUGGAGAGAAAUCUUGUCGAUUUAAAAAUUAUUAGAGGAUUAUGCGCUAACGGCAUUCCAUUCAAUGUCUUGCGUAAUCCUCAAUUUUUGGAGAUGAUAAGUGCAAUCAACAAGGCACCAGCGGGUUACAAACCUCCGUCUAGCGAAAAAGCACGAACCAAUUUGCUCGAUGAGUGUGUUAGGGACGUCGAGAAGGACUUGAAUCCUGUCAAGGACACAUGGUAUUCACAAGGUGUUUCCAUCGUCUCUGAUGGAUGGACUAAUGUGAAACACAAGCCUUUGUUUAAUGUUAUUGCAGUGAAUAGUCGAGGAGCGAUGUUUAUGUAUGCCGACGAUUUUUCCGACUUGGUAAAAUCGGCGGAAGGAAUAGCUAACUACUUACUUAGUGCUAUUGAAAAUAUAGGACCAAGCAAUGUUCUACAAGUAGUCACCGACAAUGCAACAAAUUGCAAGUCGGCUGGAAAAGAGAUUGAAAAGGUUUUGUGAUGGUGAAGGUACAAAGAUGGGUGAAGUUUAUGAAAGAAUGGAUAAUAUGUUAGGGGAAAUUGAAGAUGUAAUGUCGCUAACCAAGUAUAAAUCGUAUUUCGACCAGCUGAAAGCCAUCGUGCUAGCUAGGUGGGAGAAGAUGAGCAUACCUUUACAUUGUUUGGGCUUUGCAUUGUCACCAAGAUUCUAUGAUACAAACUAUCUUCGUGUGUUAGCACCAGGUGGAACUGUUAGACAAGCUCCAAAUCUAGACAAAGAAGUGAUGCAGGGGGUCAUAGAUGCUUUCGAAAGAAUAGCUGAAACUAAAGAAGAAGAACGAAUGUUGCGAGAGCAAUUCGCAACAUUUCAUAUGAAGAAGGGACUUUAUUCUCUGGAAGCGGCUCAUGUGGAUGCGGUCACCAUGGACGCGGUUGAUUGGUGGUCCAGCUAUGGUCGGAAACACCAGAGUUGGCUGAUAUUGCUAAGAAAGUUCUUUCACAACCUGUCAGUAGCUCCUCGGCUGAAGAAACUAGAGCACUUACUCCUAUAUACAUAGUGUGAAGAGAAACCGUUUAAACUGUAAGCGAGCGGACAAAUUGGUUUUUAUACAUUCAAACAUCAGACUUCAGUCUCGUUUCUCAGAAAGUUGCAAUUCUGGGCCAACAAAAAAAUGGGAUAUGAAUCCAGAAAAUGAUUACUUGGAAGGGCCUAGUUCGAGGUACGAAGAUAUGCGAUGGGAAAACUUAGAAGGAGAAGAACUAGAGGACAAUGGCGACCCAAACGGAAAAAAACAAAGGAUAGAUUGAGUUUUAUGAAAUUUAUGUUUUGAUUAUGAAUUUUCUUUUAUGAAGUUUCUGUUUUGAAUUUUGAUUAUGUUUUUGAAAAUUUAAUGAAAGAUCUAUUCUAUUUUAUACUUUUUUAUAUAUAUGAUACGUGUACCAAACUAUGAUGGUACGCCAUAGGAUACACUGUACCAUGUACCGAAUUAGCGUUC